GCGUCCGCGUCGUUUGGAGCCGCGACGCUGAACAUGGCGCGUUCCUAGAAGCCGCUUUCGGCAUCAGUAGGCGGCGGCGUGUGGACUGGAAGCGUGAGGCGCGGGACCAACCGACUUCGCUUCGUGUUGGGGACUGGAAGCGGGAGAGCCGGGGUAUUCCGGACCGAACCAAACGGUGUCCAUGGAUCUCAAUAGUGCCAGCACUGUUGUUCUUCAGGUCUUAACACAGGCCACCAGUCAGGAUACUGCUGUAUUAAAACCAGCAGAGGAGCAAUUGAAACAGUGGGAGACACAGCCAGGUUUCUAUUCAGUGUUAUUGAAUAUUUUUACAAACCACACUCUGGAUAUAAAUGUAAGGUGGCUUGCUGUGCUAUAUUUUAAGAAUGGAAUUGAUCGUUAUUGGAGACGUGUAGCACCUCAUGCUCUCUCAGAGGAGGAGAAAUCUACGUUGCGUGCAGGGCUAAUCACCAACUUCAACGAACCAGUAAACCAGAUUGCAACUCAGAUUGCAGUGCUGAUUGCAAAAGUUGCUAGAUUGGACUGUCCUAGACAGUGGCCUGAACUCAUUCCCACUCUUAUAGAAUCUGUGAAAGUCCAAGAUGAUCUUCGACAGCACAGAGCAUUACUUACCUUCUAUCAUGUUACCAAGACUCUGGCUUCCAAACGUCUGGCUGCUGAUAGGAAAUUGUUUUAUGAUUUAGCUUCUGGAAUUUAUAAUUUUGCCUGCUCUCUGUGGAAUCACCAUACAGACACAUUCCUUCAACAAGUUUCUUCUGGGAAUGAAGCUGCAGUUCUAAGUUCAUUAGAACGAACUCUGCUGUCAUUGAAAGUGCUGCGUAAAUUAACCGUUAAUGGAUUUGUGGAACCUCAUAAGAAUAUGGAGGUGAUGGGUUUUUUACAUGGAAUAUUUGACCGUCUGAAACAAUUUCUGGAAUGCAGUAGAAGUAUAGGUACAGAUAAUGUAUGUAGAGACAGACUGGAAAAGACCAUCAUUCUUUUUACUAAAGUGCUUUUGGACUUCUUGGAUCAGCAUCCGUUUUCAUUUACUCCUCUAAUUCAGAGAUCACUGGAAUUUUCUGUAAGCUAUGUAUUUACAGAAGUUGGUGAAGGUGUUACAUUUGAGCGAUUCAUUGUUCAAUGCAUGAAUCUUAUUAAGAUGAUUGUAAAAAAUUACGCUUAUAAGCCAUCCAAAAAUUUUGAAGACAGCAGUCCUGAAACUUUAGAAGCACAUAAGAUCAAGAUGGCAUUCUUUACAUAUCCCACUUUGACAGAGAUAUGUAGAAGAUUAGUCUCUCAUUAUUUUCUGUUAACUGAGGAAGAACUGACAAUGUGGGAAGAAGACCCAGAAGGCUUUACAGUGGAAGAAACAGGGGGAGAUUCUUGGAAAUACAGUUUGAGGCCUUGCACUGAAGUACUAUUUAUAGAUAUAUUCCAUGAAUAUAAUCAGACUCUUACUCCUGUACUUCUAGAAAUGAUGCAAACACUUCAAGGGCCCACUAAUGUGGAAGAUAUGAAUGCACUAUUAAUCAAAGAUGCUGUGUAUAAUGCUGUUGGAUUAGCAGCUUAUGAGCUGUUUGACAGUGUUGAUUUUGAUCAGUGGUUUAAAAACCAACUUCUUCCAGAAUUACAAGUCAUUCACAAUAGAUAUAAGCCAUUGCGACGCAGGGUGAUUUGGCUCAUCGGUCAGUGGAUUUCUGUGAAAUUCAAGUCUGACUUAAGACCCAUGUUAUAUGAGGCAAUUUGUAACUUGCUUCAAGAUCAAGACUUAGUGGUCCGUAUCGAAACAGCGACAACACUGAAGUUAACUGUUGAUGAUUUUGAAUUUAGAACAGAUCAGUUUCUGCCGUAUUUGGAAACCAUGUUCACACUACUUUUUCAGCUGCUGCAGCAAGUUACAGAAUGUGACACAAAGAUGCAUGUUUUGCAUGUCCUUUCCUGUGUGAUUGAAAGAGUAAACAUACAGAUACGACCGUAUGUAGGAUGUUUGGUACAGUAUUUGCCCCUUCUUUGGAAGCAGAGCGAAGAACACAAUAUGUUGAGAUGUGCUAUUCUGACAACACUUAUUCAUCUUGUUCAGGGAUUAGGAGCAGACAGCAAGAACCUGUACCCUUUCCUGCUCCCAGUUAUCCAACUGAGUACAGAUGUUUCCCAGCCUCCACAUGUUUAUCUUCUGGAAGAUGGUUUAGAAUUAUGGUUAGUGACUUUGGAAAACAGCCCAUGUGUUACACCGGAGUUGCUUCGCAUAUUUCAGAAUAUGUCCCCCCUUCUUGAACUAAGUUCAGAAAACCUCAGAACCUGCUUUAAGAUCAUCAAUGGUUAUAUCUUUUUAUCAUCAACAGAAUUUCUACAGACAUAUGCAGUAGGUCUAUGUCAGUCCUUUUGUGAGCUGCUAAAGGAAAUUACUACAGAAGGUCAAGUUCAAGUGCUCAAGGUUGUGGAAAACGCCCUUAAAGUGAACCCAGUAUUAGGUCCACAGAUGUUUCAACCAAUUCUACCCUGUGUUUUCAGAGGUAUUAUAGAAGGAGAGAGGUAUCCUGUCGUGAUGUCAACAUAUCUUGGUGUUAUGGGUCGAGUCCUGCUACAAAAUACUAGUUUUUUUUCUUCGCUUCUUAAUGAGAUGGCACAUAAAUUUAAUCAAGAGAUGGAUCAGCUUUUGGGAAAUAUGAUUGAAAUGUGGGUUGAUCGAAUGGACAACAUUACGCAGCCUGAAAGAAGAAAACUUUCAGCUUUGGCUUUGCUUUCUCUUCUGCCAUCUGAUAAUAGUGUCAUCCAAGAUAAAUUCUGUGGGAUUAUAAACAUCUCAGUGGAAGGCUUACAUGAUGUCAUGACAGAAGAUCCUGAAACAGGAACUUACAAAGACUGUAUGUUAAUGUCUCAUCUUGAAGAACCAAAAGUAACAGAAGAUGAAGAACCACCCACAGAACAGGAUAAGAGAAAAAAAAUGCUGGCUCUGAAGGACCCGGUGCACACAGUGUCGCUGCAGCAGUUUAUCUACGAGAAGCUGAAGGCGCAGCAGGAGCUCCUGGGAGAGCAAGGCUUCCAGUCCCUCAUGGAGACGGUGGACACGGAGAUUGUCACCCAGCUGCAGGAGUUUUUGCAGGGCUUCUGAGAGCAAGUGGCGUGUGGCUGCCUCCCCUUUCUGAAACAAGCCAAGGACCCCAGCCUGCCAUUGGUGUGUGCCAGCCUGCUGAGAGGAUGAAGAACUCCCUCGUGUAUGCCUGUAAAGAAGUGAAGACCAUACAUUUUUACUACCAAAAUGAGUGAAUAAAUGUAAAUCCCGCACAACUAAAAUCACAAACCUAUUCCUCAAAAGAAUUUAAUUUUAUAUUUAAGAGGGGCCCCGUGUUUACUAGAUAUAGAUUUGAUGACACUAGCUGCUUAGUUUUCUGUUAAGAGAAGACACCGUUUGAUUACCUUUUAAUCAUGUGCUCUUAACGCUUGAGAAGAUGAAGGUUAAUGUCUGCUCUGUUUUUCUGCAACCAGAAGUAUUAAUUUGGCUGCUGUAUCCCUUUUUUAAGCUAAUGAAACUGCAAGUUUGAAAAAUGGCAAAGCUGUUCAGAUGAUGCAAUUAAAGAAGGGUGUGCACCGGGCAAAAAUAUAUAAAUAGUGCAAAUAUAUAUUACUAAGGUUAUCUUGCAAGGGAGUUGCUUUCAUCUGACGUAGAAAAUGUGUUUUAUCAAAUGCUUUUAUUUUCAUUUUAGUAAUUGGAUACAAAAAUUAGUGAAGGGAUUUUUUUCCUCGUUUUAUUUUCAGAAAUUACCUUUAGUGUUUAAAUGCAUCUCGUAAGGCCCGCGGAAGGCAACCUGUGGUACUGCGGCCCCGGGGGAGACCUCUUGCCCCUCUGUUCCUCCCGGAGGCCGGGAGCACCGACAGCAGCCGGCCACCACACACGCCGUUCUGUGCUGCCCCCCCCCCCCCCCAGCCCUACCUGCCCUACCGGGUCCCAAGGUCCUUACCCACCGCAGGGCUCCCGUCAGGGCCGCAGUGUGUCCCGCGCGCCUCCACACAGUCAGGAUCCCCCGGGGCACCACACUGUUAGGACAAGUCUUCCUUCCUUAUUCCUCCAACACGCAGUACCAAAAAAGGGGAAAAAGGAGAAAAUAAAGCCUUACCGUUUCACUUGCCAUUUAUUGUAAGAAACCUUUAAAGCAUUUUUUAGGAAAUACUCAAAGCAAGGUUGGGAAAUGUCUGAUCUUUCUAUAGAAAGUUGGGUACAGUAUAUGUAACUGCAGGAAGCCCACUGCCCCUUUGUAAGCUGUGGAACCCAAAAUGUACGGAACUACUUGGUGUUUUGAGCAAGAGAAACAAAAUAUGGUCCAAAUUAAAUUUUCCAAAGAUACCUACCU